UAGACAUAUCAAUGACAUUUAUCAGAUGGUGACAAUGAAAUGAAUAAUUCAAGAAAUAGUAAAUAGAGAUACAAUCAAAUUUUUAAAAUCCUUUAUUAUCUAUUAGUGUUUGUUUUUGGAUACACGAUGCCUAUCUUGUAUUGUGUUAUCAGUCGAGCAAAAACUAUUCUUGCUAAAUAUGCAACAUGUACUGGUAAUUUUGUAGAAGUUACAGAACAGAUCAUUUCCAAAAUUCCACCCCAGAAUGAUAAGCUAACUUAUUCUCAUGGAAAUUAUUUAUUCCAUUAUAUUUUGGAGGACUGUAUUAUUUAUCUAUGCAUAACGGACGAUGAAUUUGAACGUAGCCGAGCCUUCUUAUUUCUGACUGAGAUAAAAAAUCGAUUUCAAUCUGCUUAUGCUUCUAGUGCAAACACAGCUGUGGCAUAUGCAAUGAACCCUGAAUUUUCGAGGAUAUUGGCCAGUGAAAUGAAACGUUAUUCUGAAUCCCAUGAUAUUGACACUGUUAGCAAGGUUCAUAACGAAUUAAAUGAGCUGAAGGAUAUAAUGGUUAAGAAUAUAG